CCGAGACCAUUCGAGUGUCUUUCCAAAUUUGGUCGUCGGUCUUCCUCCAUCUUUAGCAAGACGUCUGUGCACCGGCUUAGGAACAUAACAAGAGCCAUCAUGUUCAAUAUCACCAAAGUCUUUGCCCGGCAGAUUUUUGACAGCCGUGGAAACCCCACAGUGGAGGUGGAUGUCACCUUGGAAAACAGUCAGGUGUUCAGGGCAGCUGUACCCAGUGGUGCCUCCACAGGAAUCUAUGAGGCUCUGGAGUUGAGGGACAAAGCUAAGGAAUACCAUGGGAAAGGAGUAUCUAAGGCAGUGGAUAAUGUCAACUCUAUUAUUGCUCCAGCCCUGAUCGAGGAAAAUCCUGAUGUUGCUGACCAAUUCAAGGUUGAUGACUUCUUAAUUGCUUUGGAUGGUACAGACUCAAAGAAAAAGCUUGGAGCUAAUGCUAUCCUGGGAGUAUCUUUGGCUGUGUGCCGAGCUGGAGCAGCUAAAAAGGGAGUUCCUCUAUACCGACACAUUGCUGAUCUGGCAGGAAACAAAGAAGUGAUCCUUCCAGUCCCUGCCCUUAAUGUUAUCAAUGGAGGGUCUCACGCUGGAAACAAACUGGCCAUGCAGGAGUUUAUGAUCCUCCCCACAGGGGCCAGUUCCUUCAGGGAAGCAAUGAAGAUGGGAUCCGAGACCUACCAUCACCUUAAGUCUGUUAUCAAGGCCAAGUAUGGACAGGAUGCCUGCAAUGUAGGAGAUGAAGGUGGUUUUGCUCCCAACAUUCUGCAAAACAAGGAUGGACUGAAUCUGCUGAUGGAAGCUAUAGAAAAGGCUGGCUAUACUGGCAAGGUCAAGAUUGGUAUGGAUGUGGCUGCCUCGGAGUUUUUCAAGGACGGUAAAUACGACCUUGACUUUAAGUCCAAGGAAGGGGAUCCCAAACUAAAGAUCAGCUCUGAUGAACUGACAAAUCUGUACAAGGAGUUUGUAGCUGAGUAUCCAAUUGUGUCUAUUGAGGAUCCGUUUGACCAAGAUGAUUGGGACGCAUACGCAAAGAUGACAGCGGGAACUGAUAUUCAGAUUGUGGGAGAUGACUUGCUUGUGACCAACCCGAAACGUGUAGGAACUGGUAUUGAAAAGAAAGCUUGUAACGCGCUUCUCCUCAAAGUCAAUCAGAUCGGCAGUGUUAAGGAGUCCAUUGAUGCAUGGAGGAUGUCCAAGGAAGCGAAUUGGGGUGUGAUGGUCUCCCAUAGGAGUGGUGAAACAGAAGAUACAUUCAUUGCCGACCUUGUCGUUGGUCUCUGUACAGGACAGAUCAAGACGGGCGCUCCCUGUAGGUCAGAGAGAUUGGCCAAAUAUAACCAGAUUCUUCGCAUAGAGGAGGAACUCGGUGCAAAUGCCAAAUUUGCUGGUGAAAAUUUCCGUUAUCCAUACUAAAUUAUUCUGGAUAUUUACAACUGAUACUGGCAUAUUUAUUUGAUGUAUGUUUUGUUAGAGAUGUUGUUUAGAGUGAAUGAAUGUUUAUCAACAGAGGAAAUAUGGUAUAGUUCCUUGGUAAACAUUUUUAUUAUAUUUGGUAAUAAUUGCAUUCCCCCCAAGUUCCAAUAUAAGCUUGUUUUCCCUGUCACUGUUCAAAUUGAUGUAGUGUAUUUAGCAUAACUAGAUUAUUAUCUGAGAAUUACAAAGAAAUAGGUGUUGUUGACAAAUUUUUUAUCACACCAACCAUCUGUUUUUGACAACUAUAUAGAUGUAGAAUAGUUUGCUCCCUUUUCACUCGAUCAUCGCUCUGAAGUAACUGACCUAUAACACAUACUAAGUCAGAGGUAGUUGAUAUUCUGUCGUCAUCUUGUGUUGGAGCUGAAGUUUUCCAGUGAUGAGCUUGUUCCUGUAGUGACAUGGGUAAUUUACAAUGACAUUGUUUACUGCUCAUUGAAACAUAUAAAACACUACAUAUGAUCUUGUAGUAGAAGAUGGUUAUACAAUUUGGAUGACAUUGUGAAGGGAGAGCUACAUCAAACCUAUGUAAUGCCAUUGGUACAUUUGAAGUGGUACAUUGAGGGAGAAGCCAGGACUGUUCACCAACAAGGAUGGCUGUUGCUGAUUAAAAAACUAAACUUGAUCAGAUCUAGCAAGUCUUGAUCUAAUGACGACCUAGUCCUGAUUCAUAACUGUAACAGUCUGGAUGAAUAUCCAGUUUAACCAGUACUGUAGUGUUGAGUACAGCUUGUAGUAUGUCGAGGGUGAUACCUUGGAGUCAAGUCUGUCUUUAAUCCUGAUAUCAACCUUUGAUUUAUUUGGACGUCUCAAAUAUAAAAUUAGUCCAUUUAUAUGAAAACAGGGUGACAAUACUGUUGUUUUGAUUCGGAAAAUUAUUUCCACAAAUGAUUUACUUAUACAAGAUCUCUUUACUCAUUUGAUAAAUGUUGAUAGCUGACUGUAUUGGGAAUACAUAUUUUGAGUUGCUUAGAACAGCUUAAACUAUGAAAAGUAUUUUGAUCUACUGUAAAUGUAUAUAUUUAGACGCACAUCUGAGUUUAGAUUGAGGCAGUGAUAUAAACUGCAAUUAGCACAAUCAUAAUUAAACAGAAGGCUUUCAAUGUGAAAAUCAUUAAAAUAAGGUAUCGCUGAAAUAUGUAAGUUUAUUGUACAAUAUCAAUUGUAAUUACAUGUAGGCAUAAUAAUAUACAGUUUCUCCCUCGUGAGAAUUGUGAAAGGAUGGCAAGUGUGAUUGUGUUUGUUUGGUCAACUUUGUGAUCUGUGAAAGGUUUGCAUAGUUACAGUUGUAGAGUAUUAGUUUGUUAACAAAUAUUGUUAUUAAUGUAGAUUUGAGAGGAACCCUGACUUACAUAUUGGAUAUUUUAACCAUGUGUUAAGUACUAGCAUGGCCCACAAACACGCCAACUUUGUAAAUAAUAUUAUCAUUAUAUAUAUAUAUAUAUGCUUUAUGCUGUGGUAUUGUAUGGAUUUGUUUAUUACUCUUCUUGUACAUUUGAAUCUGUCCAUAUGUUUGAUAUAUCAAUUUGUAAAUAAUUCUGUGAAUACAUGUAAUGAUUGUUGAUGAGUUUAGGUGUAUGUUAGGGUUGGAGUGUGUGUGUUUGAGAGUUUGCUAAGGUCAAUUUAAAUCUUGGCUCUACAAGCAAGUUAUAGUGCUAAUCUAUACAAGUGUGGAAUAACUGUGUUUUUGUUGAAUAACAUACGGGAGUAGGCAGGGUACUAUUAGAACUUUGACAAUGGUGUAAAUUUCAACAAACAAUACAAUAAACCCUUUCUGUUAUGAUCCCAUUAUAUGUGAGUGGCCUAAACUUUUCUUACCCACUCUUGUCGUUCCUAGAAUCUCUUACCAUGGACAAGCUUGUCCACUUUCGCAAGUGAUAAAGUUUGUCCAUGCUUUCAAAAGUGAAAAAGUGUGCCCACACUUUUAACAAUGAGGAAGUGUGCCCACACUUUUAACAAUGAGGAAUGUGCCCACACUUUUAACAAUGAGGAAUGUGCCCACACUUUCACCAGUGUGAGAUAUAUCCCUAAUAGCCAUAUCAACAGCACAUAUGAUGUGAACAAGAAUAAGAUGACAUAACAUGCGUAUAAUGAAUAAAAGUUCGAACAUUUGAAUAUGAAAUUCAAUGUAGAAUUACCGCACAUAUUCUAUGUAAAGGGAGACAACUCAUAAAAAUUAUGGUAAAAGGCAAAAUCAUGAGAAAUGAUCUUUUUUUCUUUUUUAUUAAAGAACCCUGACUUACGUCCCAGCCAUUUUGGUCAUGUGUAAUGUUGGUUUCUCUGACAUGCAUCCAAAAGAGUAGAAUUUGUAUAUAAGGUGUUGUGUUAAUUGAUGUUUAUAUUCUGUAUUAUGCUUUCUAUUAAUUAUUAUUUUUUAUGAACUUGUUGCAUUUCAUACUAUAGGUAUAUGUAGUAAAAUUUUGCUUUUCUGCUUAUUGAGUGAAUGUUGAAAAUUGUGUCUUGUGCUAAGGUGGGUAUAUUUUUGUGUGUGAGUGUAUCUAUUUGUUUGAAGGUCCGAAUCCUUCCGUAUCUUAGCCUUGAUCAAAUUUAAUCUUGGCUCUACCAGCAGGUUAUAGUGCUAAUCUUUAAUUACCUGUAUUUGUUUUGUUUAAGAUGUUUCAUUCUUUAAACUUCUGUUUUGCUAAGUGUGUGAAUGCUGAUGGUCAUAUCUUUGUGUGAAAGUGAAUGUAUCUGUGUGUAUCCUUCCAUGUGUUAGCUUGGAUUAAACUUAAUCUAGGCUCUACCAGCAGGUUAUAGUGCUUAUCAUAAUAUUAUGUUGAUGGUGAUGUAUGUUAUUGAAGGUGAUGUUUGUAGAUUUAUGUAUUUAAUUGAUGUUACAUUUUAGUCUUAUGACUAUACUAUGUACUACCAGUACAGAAAAAAGUGCUAGAUAUUUUAAUGAAGUUAUUGUUGCAAUUGAUGUGUAAGCUUGUAAGUUAUGAAUGUUAUACAGGGGAGCGCCUCAUGCAAGACUUCAUUAAAACAUUUAGAUGUCCGAGUUGCAGGACAGUCAAUAUAUGUUUCAUUUUUCACCACCCCAUAAAAAAGGAAAAAGAAAAAUAGGGGUUUUGACAGGUCUAUGACUAAAUCUGGUAAAUAUACCUACUGGCACAACACCACAUGGCCAAUCUGAUAGCAGGUGCUUUGUUGAUGAAUUGGAAUGUUUUUGAAGUCUUGUUUGAUUUGCUUGCAUUAAAUGUUGGUGUCUGAGUAAUGAGUUAAUGUUGAUCAGAGGUGAAACUUCUCGAGAAACUGCCAUUGUCUGUGUGUUGUGUGGUUAGCUGAUCAUGUCGGAUUGCUGUACGUGUCAGCUUGUGUAUGAAUGAUACAAAAUUUUGCAGUCAUAGUCAGAAUUAUUUUGUUCCAAUAUUGUUCACAUAUUGAAGAAAACAAUUCAGAUAGUUUAUUGAUUAUUCCCAAUACUAUAUAGAUUACUUAACUGAAUUUUGUGCCUCUGACAUUAUUUCUAUUAAACUAGAUCUUCUUCCUUGUAAUAAUUCUAUGACCUUGUAAUUCUAUGACAAUAAUCCUCAGUUCUCCUGAUCACAAAACCUGACACAUGAUGUAUAUAGAAGUCUUGAGACACUAGAGUAUUUGUAGAUGUUUACCUGGUUUAUCAAUAUUGGUGCCAUAUUCCUCACGGGGACCAGAAACAUUUACUGUAGCUGUCUGGGGGUAGUACAUAUGUCCUACUAUUUUUAUGACAAGUUAUAGUAAUGUUUCUCCACCCUGUGAUAUUACAUUAUCCAUCAAGAUUUUGUAGCAGUGACAUAACUUUGUGGUGUUGCAAUGUUUUGCCAUCAUUUAUCGGUGAAUCUCUUUAUAUAGUUAAUACAACACUUAGAAAUCCUUGAGUUUGAUUACAUUUAUGUAUGAUAGCAACACUUUUUUCCCAGCAAUUGUACAUUUUGAAUGAAUGUGAGUUUUUUUUUACUUGACAAGGUUUACAGACAAUACUCGACUCCAAGGUGUUACUAUAGCCACUUUAAAACAGGAAAAGCUUAUUUUGAGAGACAUUAAAAUGUUCAUACCAACA